AUGGCGGCGGCCACCGAAGGGGAUGAAGGCCUACCGCAUCAGGAGCAGCCAAGCGUUCAGGACACGCAGCCCCUUGUUGAAGCGCAAGAUGAGGCAGCUGGAGCUAGCACUCAGAAGACUGCCCCAGAGGCAACAACUGCAGGAAAGCGAAAGGGCGCUGCCAAGCCCUCAAAGCGGGGGUCCAAGAAGGGCAAGAAGGACGAUGGUGGUAACGAAGAAGACACUUCUCUAGCAGGCCAAGCCUUCAAAUGGACAGACAACGGGAUUGAGGGCCUCGUAGAUGUUUGGGGUGGAAAGUCCAGAAAGCUGCAAGGGGGGAACCUGACGGCGAAGCAUUGGGAUGAGAUUGCUUUUGCAGUCAGUGCAGCAACAGAUUGCCAAGUGACGGCCCAGCAAUGCAUGGACAAGGUAGAUGGCCUGAAGAAAAAGUACAAGAGCAUCAAGGAGAAGAAAGGGAAGACAGGCAGCGAAGGCAACGUUGCCAAAGGUUGGAAAUGGUUCGAAGACCUGGACCGAGUCCUGGCGGCAAGACCAAAAACUGCGGGUGUUCCAGGGGCAAUCGACGGGGGGUGGCAGAAAACUCGGACAGCCGGUGUACAGAUCGACUCAAGCGACGAAGCAGAGGGGUCAGAGAACGAAGGAGCAGACCCUCUUACCGGUGAGCCGCUUGGUGAGGAAGAGCCGCAGAAGCAGCGGCCAAGCGAGCAAACAGCUGGGAUUGAGGCAGCAAAGAAAGGUCAACCCGCACCAAGAAGCAAACCGGUCAGUACUGGGAAGAAAAGCGCAGGCUCCACGAAUGUUGAAGAGGCAAAAAGUCCGCGGGCCACUGUUUCGAACAUGCCUGGUGUGUCUGGCCAGCCAACUGCCGGGAAAAAGGUUGGGAAGCAUCGCUUGUCGGAUGAAAGUCCAAUGCGGAAACUUGCCGGGAAGCUUGGAGAGUUUGUGGGUGUUAUUGCGGAAGGGGAGAAGAACAGGGCAGAAGAAGCACGGGAAAGACUUCAGGCUGAGGAGCGAAGGCACGCCGAAAGCCUGGCGAUGGAGCGGAGCCGUCUAGAUUUUCAGCAGCAAGUGGCGCUUGAGAACAUGCGGCAUCAACAUGCGAUGCAACAGAUUGCAGCAAGGCAGCUUGAAAGGAGAAAAGAUAUGUGA